CUCGUUCUCGCCUCUCGAUCGCUCCCCUUCUUCUUUUCUCUCUUAUUCUCACGGUUUCAGAUCUCGUCGAUCUUUCGGGGAAAAACGGCGGUGAUGCAGGGCGUGAGGUGCCGGCCACUGGCGGGCGGGGAAGUGGUGGCAGUUGCGGCGGCGGCGGCGGCGGCGGCGGGGAAGAGGAGAGGGGCGGCUCUGUCGAUCGACGGAGCGGAGCCACCAGAAAAGUGGAUCGAGCGGCUGAUAGGGGAGAACCCGGUGGUGAUCUUCAGCCGGCGGGGUUGCUGCAUGUGCCACGUCAUGAAGCGCCUCCUCGCCACGGUGGGGGUCCACCCGACGGUGAUCGAAUUGGAGGAGGCGGAGGAGACGGCGGCGGCGGCCUCGGCGGCUGUGGGGCUUCCGGCGCUCUUCAUCGGCGGCGCUCCGGUGGGGGGACUGGAGGGGCUGAUGGGUCUCCACCUCAGCGGCCUCCUCGUCCCCAGGCUCCAAGCGGUUGGAGCCUUCUGCGGGUAGAAUUGCUAAAUUCCAGCGAUCCCCAGAGGGUAAAAUCGUAAUUUCAAAAUAAGUUAUUAAAAUGGGAUGGAUGGAUGGAUGGACGGAUGAUGGAAGAAACGUCAUGUCAUGUCGUUGCGGCUGAGAGAAGAAAGGUGGGAAGGAUGAGUUUGGAUCGCUCUUUUAAGUUGGCGACACCCCACGUCAGUUUGGAUCUUUUAUUUUUUAAUACUAAUUAUUAAUUAUCA